CACUACCCACCUAAAUAAUACAGCGAUACUGUGGCUUUUACGGGAAAUCUGGACGUACACACGGACAUGGAUCCAUUCCCGCCCUAUAUGAGUGGAUUAUAAACACACACGGUUGAAAGAAUGAAGAUGCCAGAGGCUGGGAGUUAGAGCCCCCCCCCCCAACACAGAGAGCAUCUUCCAGGGCUGGGGCUGGACCCAGAGACCCCUGCCUGAGGGGUGAAGGGCCCUGACAGCCCUGUGUGAGUCUGGACCAUGGGGGAUGGAGGUGGCGGUGCAGCUGGAGGAGAUGGGGUGAACAAGUCCCACGUCCUGUUCGACAACUUCGUCCAGGCGAGCACCUGCAAGGGCACGCUCAAGGCCUUCCAGGAGCUGUGCGACCACCUGGACGUCAAGCCCACCGAGUCCAGGAUCUUCUAUCAUAAGCUCAAGUCCAAACUCAACUACUGGAAGGCCAAGGCGCUCUGGGCAAAGUUAGACAAGAGGGCCAGCCAGAAGGAAUACAAGAAGGGCCGCGCUUGUGCCAGCUCAAAGUGUCUGAUCAUUGGUGCGGGACCAUGCGGCUUACGUACAGCCAUCGAGCUGGCGUUCCUGGGGGCCAAAGUGGUGCUGCUGGAGAAGAGAGACGCCUUCUCAAGGAACAAUGUGCUGCACCUAUGGCCCUUCACUAUCCAGGACCUCAGGGGCCUUGGGGCCAAGAAGUUCUAUGGAAAGUUCUGUGCUGGUGCUAUCGAUCAUAUCAGUAUCCGUCAGCUUCAGCUAAUGCUGCUCAAAAUGGCUCUCCUGCUGGGCAUUGAGAUCCAUGUAAACGUAGAGUUCAAGGGUCUAAUUGAGCCUCCGGAAGAUCAAGAGACUGAAAGGAUAGGUUGGAGGGCUGAGGUCCACCCCAGGACACACCCUGUCAAUGAGCUGGAGUUUGAUGUCAUCAUUGGAGCGGACGGAAGGAGAAACACGCUACCAGGGUUUCGGCGUAAGGAAUUCCGGGGCAAGCUCGCCAUCGCCAUCACUGCUAACUUCAUCAACAGGAACACGACAGCAGAGGCGAAGGUUGAGGAGAUCAGCGGGGUGGCCUUCAUCUUCAACCAGAAGUUCUUUCAAGACCUCAGAGAAGCAACAGGUAUUGACCUGGAAAACAUUGUCUACUACAAGGAUGACACGCACUACUUUGUGAUGACUGCCAAAAAACAGAGCCUGCUGGAGAAAGGAGUCAUUCUGAAUGACUAUGCGGACACGGAGCUGCUGCUGUCCAGGGCUAACGUGGAUCAGGCCGCCCUGCUGUCUUAUGCCCGUGAGGCUGCCGAUUUCUCCACCAACCACCAGCUGCCCACUCUAGACUUUGCCAUCAACCACUACGGCCAGCCCGACGUAGCCAUGUUCGACUUUACCUGCAUGUACGCCUCAGAGAACGCCGCCAUGGUGCGUCAACGCAAUGGUCACAAGCUGCUGGUGGCGCUCGUGGGCGACAGCCUGUUGGAGCCCUUCUGGCCCAUGGGCACCGGCAUCGCCCGAGGUUUCCUGGCAGCCAUGGACUCGGGCUGGAUGGUGAGGAGCUGGGCUCAGGGAAAAACCCCUCUUGAGGUGCUGGCUGAGAGGGAGAGUAUAUACCGUCUACUGCCCCAAACCACACCAGAAAACGUCAGCAAGAACUUCAGCCAGUACAGCGUGGAUCCCACCACACGUUACCCCAACAUUAGCCUUAACUUCCUCAAGCCCAGCCAGAUGAGGCACCUCUGUGACACAGGGGAGUCCAGGGAAAUGCGCAUUGAAAUUGAGAAUGUGAUCAACUCGUCAACGCCCAAGUUGUCCAGGAAUGACAAUUGCCUGCUUGACAAGCAGUUGCAAGAAUCCAUAGCUCGAUCCAGUAAACUUCUGAACUGGUGCCAGAGGCAAACGGAGGGGUACAGGAAUGUUAACGUAACGGACCUGACUAUGUCUUGGAAGAGUGGCCUGGCUCUGUGCGCCCUCAUUGACCGAUACAGGCCGGAUCUCAUCGACUUUGAUUCCCUGGACGAGCGGGACCAGGAGAAGAACAACCAGUUGGGUUUUGACGUGGCCGAGAGGGAAUUUGGCAUCUCGCCCUGCAUGACUGGCAAGGAGAUGUCUUCUGUGGUGGAGCCAGACAAACUCUCUAUGGUCAUGUACCUCAGCCAGUUCUAUGAGAUGUUUAAGGACACAGUGCCACCUGGAGAUAAUCACAACUUGAGUCCUGAGGAGAAGGCAGCACUGAUAGCAAGCACCAAAUCUCCCAUCUCCUUCCUAAGCAAACUUGGUCAGAGCAUAGCAAUUUCCAGGAAGCGAAAUCCAAAGGACAAAAAAGAGAAGGAUGUUGACGGUUUGGGGAAGAGAAGGAAAACCAGCCAGUCUGAAGAUGAGGAGGCAUCCAGGAGCGCUCGUGACGACAGGUCGUCUGUCCCAGCUAUCCUGACGGAGAGAAAAAUGGACUCCUCCGCUGCGGGGAACCACAACAAAGUCAAGGUCAUGGCCACCCAGCUGCUCGCCAAGUUUGAGGAGAACGCUCCAGCGCAGCACACAGGACUCAAGCGACAGGGGGAGUCUCUGCCCAAUCUGGACUGCCUUUUGCCCCCUACCCUGCCUCAAACCCCUGUGAAUGAGCCAGUGUACCUGGCACCCGUCCCCGCAUGGAGAAAGGCCAGGAGUGGUGCAGACCAACAGUCCAGCUCGGGCUCUCGGAGCUGCCCAAAGAAAACCAUUCUGCUCCCUUCUUCCUCCUCCACUUCCUCGCUCUCUCUUCACUCAGAGCAUUUGUGUAAAAGUCCGGAGGAAGAGGAACUUGAAUACUACGAGAUGCCUCUGAAAUACGGGGAGUGGGAGCCGCUGCACCUGACAGACCCAGGACCCAUUCAUAUACCUGGUAUACAGGAGAGGGCUGAGCGCCUGAUCUCCAGGUUUAAGGGCAAACCUGAUAGGCCACCAAAGCCUAAGAAAAAGCCGUCCAGUUUCUUUUUAGAGCAGUGGAACUUGUCUCGUGACCUGACUGAGAGUCCUCAUUCACAACUGUCCUCUCCGGGCUCUUCCAGAAAGGAGCCCGUAAUGCCUCUGCAAUCUGAUGAUAAAAUGCCGUUAUAUGUGCUUAGUAUUCAGGAGAGGGCCGAGCAACUUGCCUCUCAGUUUGAGGGCAAGCCAGUCGGACCACAGCCUAAGAAAAAACCCUCGCGUUUUUUUAUGGAACAAUGGCACCUGGCCCGAGCCCAGUCUCCCCCUGGUUCUCCCUCCUCCUCCUCCUCCUCCUCGAGACAGCGCUAUGUAAGGAUGUACACAGGUGGAGUUAGCUCAUUGGCUGAGCAGAUAGCCAAUCAGCUUCAGUCUCAGGAAGAUCCUAAGCCCCUACCUGAAAAGAGGGAUUCGGGCUCCCUCAGAAAAGAGUUCCCCGUCAACAUCGGUGGCAGCGAUGUGUGCUUCUUCUGUCGAAAGCGCGUAUAUGUGAUGGAGAGGCUGAGUGCGGAGGGGAAGUUCUUCCAUCGCAGCUGCUUCAAGUGUGACUACUGUGGCACGACGCUACGGCUGUCCUCCUAUGCCUUUGAUGUGGAGGACGGGAAAUUUUACUGCAAGCCCCACUACUGUUACCGCCUGUCUGGCUAUGCUCAGAGAAAGAGGCCUGCUCCCUCCCCUGCUCCAGUUCCUGCUAAGGAGAACCAGGCGCCCCAAACCCCUAUGGCGACCGUGGAUGCCCCCGGAAGGGCGGUGGCAGCGGCAGCCCCCUCGGCCGAGCUCCAGCCCUCAGUACCGGAGGUCAACGGCCUGCAGGAGCCCAGCUUAGCUAAACGUCUGCGUGGAACUCCUGAGCGCAUCGAGUUGGAGAACUACCGUCUGUCCCUGCAGAGGGAGGAGGAGCUGGAGGAGGUGCCAGAGGAGACACUGGCAGAGCAUAAUCUCAGCAGCGUGCUGGACAAGGCCACAGAUGCUGACCUGGGCUCCAGUAGCUCAGAGUCAGACAUGGAGGAGGAGGAUGAGCAGGAGGAUCAGGAGCAGGAGGAGGUGGAGGUGGAGGUGGAGCAGCAACCUACCAGCCCGUCAGACCUCGGUGGCGUUCCCUGGAAGGAGGCUGUAGAGCUCCACGCCAAACUGAGGGGCGACCACGGCGGGGAGGAAGAGGGCGAGGCUCUGGCUGACGCAGUCAGCAGAGACGGGGAAGUAGAUGAGGAGGAGGAAGAGGAUGAGGAGGAAGAUGAGGAUGAAGAGGAUGAGGAGUCAAGCGAUGAGGGCGAUUACUGCCCCUGGGAUAGAGAGCUCCAGUCAGGCCUUUGGCUGGAGAAGUACCUCACAGAUGAAGAGGAUGUUGGUACAUUUAAAGCCAGGAACCUACAGAUCCAACAGGUUCUGCAGCCUGUGGAUCCUCAGGCCAUUCCAGGUUUGGUGAGAACGCACCUGGAGUCUGAGGGAGACAAGGAUGGCCAGGCGGCCUCAGCCUCCCAACUCUCCCAACCCUCUGAGCUCACGCAGCCCUCCUCCACAGCCCCUGCCCACACAUCCGCCCGACACGAGGCAGUGAGAGUCUGGUUGGAGUCCAUGUCUGGAGAGCCCUGUGACGAGGAUCUGGAGGCAGAAGCAGACAGUCCAGAUAUGGAGCCUGGAACAGAGAUGGAUCAAGAUGACAUCCCUUCAGAUGCAGAAGCUGAGGCUCGUUUGCAUCAGUCAGAGCAUGCUGAAGUGGUUCCUGAAGAAGACAAGAAAUCAGAAAGUCUGAAAAUGUCCUCCAGUAUUGAGCCAUCCAGUGUCAGCCCCAUGCAGAAGGAAGAUGUUGUUCUUUCCCCACUCAAACCAUUCCCAGAGCUUGAAACACAGAUACCUCUGGUCAAGUCUCCUGGGACCUGCUUCUUCCCAGAACCGUUCAUGCCAGAGGAAACGAAGCCUGACAGCAUGACUCCCUCUCCUCCUCCAGCUGCCAAGAGCCCGGUGUGUCCCUCACCUGUUUCAGUCCAGGAUCCUUCCUCUGCCCCUUCUCCUCCUCUCAGUGCUGCUGCUGCUGUCCCUGCCUCACCCCUGCCCAGUUCAACCGCCAAAUCACCCAUCAGCUCUCCAGUCAAUCCCGCCAUCGAGUCACCUGUCAGAUCCCCGGUCAAAUCGCCCACUGGCUCCCCAAUCCGCUCUCAGCCCACUCCCUUACCAGAGACUUGCACACCUAAAUCUCCUGUCUACCCUCACCGCUCUAUUUGCCCUCUCACAGGCAACCCCCUCUCCCCAAUCUGCGCUCAGCCUUUGCCCUGCCAGGAACCAUCGUCACCCCUCACCUCUGACUCUCCCGUCAGAACUCAGCCUGUCCCCGGAGUCACCUCCACGCCCAUGACCAAAGCAGACAAGGACACCCCUGAGCCCUCAAAAUCCAUAGAUUCCUCAACAGAGGACACUCCAUCUAAAAAGACAGAUAUCAUUGAGGAAUUUUGGUUAAAGAGUGCUGAGAUCAGGAAGAGCCUCGGUCUGACACCUUUGGACCGCAGUAGUAAAGUCUUAGAAAAGAGUGUCGUUAAGGCUCCAACGCAGGACUCCACCCCUGUCACGACACGGUCUCCAGAUGUGCCUGAGGAACAGAAGCCUGCUUUUACUGGCCGCUCCGUCAUUCGCAGACUCAACAUCACUCUCGAGGGUCAGGUAAUUACCCCCAUCGCUCCUGCAGAGCCCAAGAGUAAUGGCUCUGAUAAGAGGGACCUCAGCAGCAGCUCUGGCUUGGGGUUGAAUGGGAGCAUGGUCACAAGUCAGACAGCUAACAGUGACAGCUAUAACACAUCUGACUCCACCAUGCUGACUCCGCCCUCCAGCCCACCACCUCCUGUGCCUGCCAAUCAGUCUCCGGCCGUGUUUAGGCAGCAGAGACACCAGGUGUCCUGGAGCAACGGAACAGAAAAACCUGCGUCUGAGCGUGCCAAAGAGCCAGCAAAAACCAAGAGUCCUGUUCCUGCACCGAGGACCCAGCUGAGCCCCGUGUCUGCACCCAAACCUGCACCCAGGAAGGUCUCCUCACCUCAGGCAGGUCCAGAAACAGCUCCAGUGGUUGUCAUGAGGGAGAAGAACAAGAAACCACGGCCGGAAGAGGUGAGGAAGUCAUUUGUGGAGACGGUGGAGGAGAUUCCGUUUGCUGAUGACGUGGAGGAGAGCUAUGAUGAGCGGACACCAGACACGAGCAUGAACAGGUACUACACUCCACCCACCAGCAAGCCCAGCAGGGAGAGACCUCCCCUGCAUCUGGCUCUAGCAAUGGAGAAUGGUAAACCCAAUAUCCCUGUCAACCCAGCCUCUAAGACCCAGAGGGCAACUCAAUUCUCCCCAGAGGCCAAGGAGAUCGCUGAAGAGAGAAUAAGGGCCAGAGAAAAGUCCAUCAAGAGCCAGGCUCUGAAAGACGCCAUGGCCAAGCAGCUAACCAAAAUGAAAGAAUCUGACGUAGACAAGGGUGCCGCACCCAAGGUGGCCUGGAGCGUAACCCCAGAUGCUGCUGGAAAAAGUAAAAAAUCAGCCGUAUCUCCGAAGACAUCAGCCGUGAAAGCCCUGGAGUCGAAGAAGGUGGAGACUGUGCCCGAGCGCUUCUUCAGCAGCAACAAGAGCCUGGACAGCUCCGCUGCUUCGUCAGACGGCUCCACCGCGAGCAAGAGCAAGAAACGAAGUUCCCUCUUCUCGCCACGCAAGAAUAAGAAAGAGAAAAAAGCCAAGAACGACAGCAGCAGGCUCUCCGGCACAGAUGAGACGCCGCCCAAACACAAGUCGCUGUGGAAGGCCGUCUUCUCAGGGUACAAGAAGGAAAAAAAGAAGAAGGACGAUAAAUCGUGUCCGAGCACGCCGUCCUCCAGUUCCACCACUCAGGACUCUGGGAAGAAAACAACAUCACCUCUUGGGAAAUCAUCAGACUUGAAAUCGCGCAGAAACUUGAGCUUCUCCGAGGACUCUGAUCUGUCCUGUGACGAUGUUCUGGAGAGGUCCUCCCAGAAGUCGAAGGCAGAUUCUGUUUAUGUCCCUCACGCACUGGCGUUCAAGAGAUCGUACGCCACAAAGAAAACCUACACGGAAGAAGAGCUGAAUGCCAAGCUGACUCGAAGGGUCCAGAAAGCAGCACGCCGACAAGCCAAGCAGGAGGAACUGAAGAGGCUGCACAGAGCCCAGAUCAUCCAGAGACAGCUGGAGCAGGUGGAGGAGAAGCAGAGGCAGCUGGAGGAGAGGGGCGUAGCUGUGGAGAAAGCGUUGAGAGGAGAAGCAGACUAUUGGGGAGAUUCUAAUUACAGUGAAAUCCUGGACUUGCAUCUGGGCGUUGAGCCCUUUGUGGGGAUGCCACGCCGAAGACCUCUCUCCUUCUGCCCCUGCUGUUCCCCUGAAGGCAUGGGCAAGAAGGACGAUCCCAAGCUAAUGCAAGAGUGGUUCAAACUGGUGCAGGAGAAGAACGCGCUGGUCCGCUAUGAGUCAGAACUCAUGAUAUUUGCCCGGGAGCUGGAGCUGGAGGACCGGCAGAGCCGACUGCAGCAGGAACUCAGGGAGCGAAUGGCUGUGGAAGACCACCUGAAGACGGAGAAGGAGCUCGCUCAAGAGAAGCAGAUCCUGAAUGAGAUGUUGGAGGUGGUGGAGCAGCGCGAUGCCCUGGUGGCCCUCUUGGAGGAGCAGAGGCUUCGGGAGAAGGAGGAGGACAAGGACCUGGAGGCCGUGAUGCUCUCCAAAGGCUUCAACCUCAACUGGGCUUAAACGAGUUGACUCACGCCAGACGGUCUCUGCUUCGCAUGGCCGUGUUUGAUCAGAAUAGUCUGCUGAACACCUGCAGCAGUGAAUGUGUAAAGACCUCCCCCCAACACACGCAAACACUACGACUGCCUCUGACAUUGCAGCAGUCUGCAACGUUUACAUAUCCUCUGCCCAAAGGAAGUCCUAGUUAAUCACUUUGCAGUUUUGCUUGCUCUCUCUCUCUGUGGGUGGAGAGGCGAGUACAUUCACAGCUUUAUCAUCCCAGCCUUGAAGUGGAUCCUCGCAAACAUGGGGAGCGCGGGGGCCUCUGGGCGAAUGUUUCAUUCUGGAUUGUCUAAAGGGAAGGAUGCAGUUCGGUCCUGCUGAUGUAAAGGGAUUGUAUAGAAUUGUGUGUUUGUGUAUAGCUGUGUAGAAGUCUCAGUUUGAGCAGAUGGAGAAGGUCUGCUACGGACAUGUGAUCACAUGGUAGAUGGACUGCAUUCAUAUAGCGCUUUUCUAGUCUUAUCGACUGCUCAAAGCUCUACAACACAAGUCAGCAUUCACCCGUUCACACACACACACGUUCAUACACUUCAUGCAAGGUGCCACAUGCUCAUCAGGAGAGCUCACACACACACACUCACACACUGAUGACACAGCGAUUGGGAGCACUUGGGUGUUCAGUAUCUUGCUUAAAGAUACUUCUUCAUGGGCCAGGGAUCGAACCACAGAUCAUCUGAUUAGUGGAUGACCCUCCUCCAGAGCCGCAGCAGCCCCAAAAUGCUGGAGUGAUGAUUCUGGUCUCAAUCAUUUCAGUUUGGCUGUAGGAAGGACAUCCUUUGCUGAAGCUGCCUUCUAUCCAGCAGCAAACUGACUGACUACACCCUAAUGAACUGCACAGUCACCGUGUUUUUUUCCCCCUCACGGAGUGUUUGAGUCAACACAAAGAGUCCAUUAAAUAUGGCCGUGUUUUUUUGUAUUUAUUAUCUUUGUUUGCUUUUAACAGAUUUUGAUUUUGCAUUUACAGGAGAGUGCCCAGAACCUUGUUAUCUUGCGUCACUCCCAUGCACCCGUAAGCCAUUACAUGUCAGGAUUGAAGGCUGCAGGCAAAUAGAAGAGCUACAUAGGAUGCAGAUUUAUGCUAGAAACGGUGUGAACACAAGCAUUUCAAAUGCCUCGAUAAUGACGGGGAUUCUCAGCGACAUGCCGUUCACUUUACAUCACGCUGACAGUUACCGUUUACAAGUAUUUGUCCAUGUUCAAUAUUGGAUGUUUAUGUUUCCUAAAUGUGGCAAACAGUAGCAAAGCAAACAAACUGCUGCAAGGUUUCAUCUUGGAAGAAACUGUCUCUCCGAGUUCAGAAAGUUUCCUACCGUGUGUUAACAGUGGGAUGUUAUCAUCCAUGAAGCCGAUUGCACUGUCGUUAAUGGGAACAUGACUCAUUUUGUGCCACAGGACUCUGUUGUUGGAUGGGCUGCAUAUCUGAGGAGUACACCACAAGAGCUAACACACUACACAACACUUACAUCAGUAAAUGGCAGUGUUACUACUUUACCCUUGAACAAGAUGCCUUUUUCAUUUUCAGUCUCUGUACUCAAGUUAUGUUUUAUUUUUUUCUGAGCUGACUGGCUUUUGAAAUAGUCACAUCUGUGUUUCCUACUGGAACUGAAGAUGUCUUUUUUUUUUUUCUUUUCCAAAUACUUUUAUACAGGAGAUCCCCUAACAAACAAACAGAUGAUUUUAAAUGGGGCGCUGAAGAAAGUGCUUUAUUAGCAGCUUGCAUCGAGCAGGAUCAUUAUGGUUUAUCAGGUGGACAGUCAAAUCUACUAACCCUUUUGACAACUGUAAAAAUCUACUGGUCACUGUUUUACAGCACAGAAACACUAAAGGUUAUAUUUAUGACUUGGUAUGAGCUGUGAAUACAACAAAACAACAAACGUUGCGUAACUUUAAGAGUCGUUUUAGAUGGUGUGUGAUAAGUUUGACAUGAUUGUAUUGAUAUUUAUUAACAUGUGUGCAAACUGUAUUAUAUGUAAAGAAAAUGAAUCCUAAUUUUUAAACUGUUCUGUUGACACAUGACAUGUAAUGUAAAUGCUUCAUGUAGCUAAAAUACAUAGGGGUGUUGAUUGUAUGCUGAAGACGGCAAUAAAACAAUGCAGUUGUUCU